UUUUGGAUUCCGUCGAAUAAAAAAGGCGCAUCCGCCAUUUCCCUCUAUCCUUCAGUUUCGUGUCACUCUUUCGCGGUUUGAGGCUUUUCAGUUUCGAACAUUCGCUCGAAUUUCCCUGACACCCCUCUUCCCCUUCUCAUUUUCGCUUUCUCUCUUCCUCUCGUGUUCUUGCUCUCGUACUCCCUCCAAGGGGGAAAAUAGUAAAUUGGUGUUCAAUGAACUUCUAGGAUGCACAACAGAACAUGAGAUGGAUCCUGAAGAAUACUUACAGAAGUGUUCCAAUAUGAAAUGCCAAAGGGUUCAAGUAGAUGGAUCAUUGGUUCCUGCUAUUCAAGACGAAUCGAUGGAAGUUGAACAUUUGCUUGCAGAACCUAGAAACGAUCAUGUUUCAGUGGAUGGUAUUUUGUAUUUUCAUGAGGAGAGUGUAGGCAGAUGUGCUGUCGAAAAUCUUUCCCAUGGAUUUGAAUUUGGUCUAAGAACAAGCAUAGGUGGAUCGGAUUCUCAUACAACUUUGAAUGGAAAACAUGAUUUGAAACUUGAGGUACUUGAUGGAUUGCUGGAUGAUGUUGAAAUUGAUGGUCUUAAUGCGACAGAUGGGUUUUCAUGUGAAGAUUAUCUUUUGGAUUUUGAAUAUCCUGACCAAGCUGUGGGUCUUUGUGGAGAAUUACUACUACAAAGUUCAAGCUCUGAGAGCCAUUCUCCAGGAUUAAGUGGAAGUAGCAACGGUGUUGGUGGAGUAUCUGAAUCAUCGAAAGUGGCCAUUGAACAAAUAGAAUACAAAAAUAAUUUUCUAGAUGAUAGAGUUGCCCAUGACUUGCAUGGUGCCUUCAGGAACAAUUCCUAUCAAACAUCCAUUGAAGAUGGAACUUGCAAUUCACUUGAUAUGCAGCAUCUAAAUGAGUUGGAUAAUGAUACCCCUUUAGCAGAUAGUAUAUUGUCUUGCAAGAAGAAAAAGGGUUCUGUGGACGAAUGUCAAAUUACUGCAGUUAGAGAGAAGAGAUGCCGUAAGCCUACUCUGAGGUAUAUUGAAGAAUUUUCAAAUUUAAGGUCAAAAGAAAAGGCUUUGAAUUCUGCAACCAAAAAUAAACACUCUAGUUUGACAUCACAUCACAAGCUUCGUCAUGUAAGGUUUAGAGCAUUGAGACACAUUCCAUGCAAGAAUUCUGGAAGUCAAACAAGUGAUAUGGCGCUUCCUGAGUUGCAGGAUCACAAGCAAUGUCUGAAAAGUGAGGAGCUUGAGUAUGAAGAGUCUGCAUCGGAGUCUGAGGAUGAAUGCGUGACGCCAAAAAGAUAUAAUAAAAAUGAUCGGAGGAAGCAUCAAAGAAUGUGGACUUUAUCUGAAGUGAUCAAGUUGGUUGAUGGUAUUUCUGAACAUGGAGUUGGGCGAUGGACUGAUAUAAAGCGUCUUCUGUUUUCUUCCUCCAGUUACCGUACACCGAUAGAUCUCAGGGACAAGUGGCGGAAUCUUUUAAGAGCCAGUUCAGCACAGAAAUUUAACAACAAAGAGACUGAACAAAAGCAGCAGCAUGCCUUGCGUUCGUUGCCAAGUACUGUACUUCGCCGAGUUCGUGAACUGGCUAAAAUUCAUCCAUACCCGAGGGAGCGUUACUCAAAGGAAUCAUCUGCUGGCCAAGUUGGUUCCUCUGCCCUUCCAAUUCAAACUAAAUGUGGUCCUAGCAAAAGAAAUGUACGUAGGAAGAAGUGUAUUUGAAUAUUAGUAAUCUGUGUUUGUGUAUAGACGAAGUGUAUCCAAGCUCGAGUACUUGUCACUGAUACUUGCUGCCACCCGUACUAUAGUACUCUGUUUUGGGAGAAACAAAACCAAGUCAUUCCCGAUCUGUAACAACCACCCCUAAUCUCGUCAUGGAUAAAUUGUGGGUAGUAGAACUGGAGGCUUCAACGUCGUGUAGAUCGUAGUUGAACAUGUCAGAUCAGCUGUGUGAUUUGGAAAAAGCCCGAGUCAUUGUCA